GCAGUUGCAAGAAGAAAUAUAAGCAAAGCAACAAUUGAGAACUACGUACUUGUUCCACUGAAUUCAUCAUUAACAAAUCACGAAAGCUCACUCUUACCUAAUUAUCCAUUUUUUUCACACACAAUAAAAUAUAAACCCUAGUUCAACAGAAAACACACACAUGCACACACACAGAUGGCCAAGAAAAACAGCAUUCUCCCGGGGGAAUAUUCCGGGACAACAACAAUGGAUAUCCGGUGCAGCUUUCAGACACUAGUAGCUGUACUCGUGGCGGCGUUAGUUGUCGGAGCUAUAUAUUUGACGGCGGAGAGUGGCUACUUAGUACAAGAAGAUGAAGGUGGGAAACUUGAUCAGACUACGGCCGGUAACAGCACGUUGUCGGAGACGACAAAGAACUCCGUUGGCCGGUGCGAUUUGUUUUCGGGGAAAUGGGUUUAUGAUAACGAGUCUUACCCGUUGUACAAAGAGGAAGAAUGUAGUUUCAUGUCGGAUCAAUUGGCCUGUGGAAAAUUUGGAAGAAAUGAUUUGGAUUAUCAGCAUUGGAGGUGGCAGCCUCAUCACUGUGACCUACCUAGGUUCAAUGCAACAGCAUUGUUGGAGAGAUUGAGGAACAAAAGGCUUGUUUUUGUUGGGGAUUCUUUAAAUAGAGGGCAAUGGGUAUCUAUGGUUUGCUUGCUUGAUAAGGCAAUUCCCAAAGGCCGGAAAUACAUGCACAACAAUGGCAGCUCUUUGAUCACCUUCAAGGCUAAAGACUACAAUGCAAAAAUAGAAUUUUACUGGGCCCCACUGCUGGUGGAGUCAAAUUCAGACGACCCCGUGAGCCACCGGUUACCGGAACGCAUAGUGAGAGCCCAAGCGAUUGAGAAGCACGCGCGCCACUGGACCGACGCCGAUGUACUGGUUUUCAACACUUACCUGUGGUGGCGAAGGCCCCAAAUGGAUGUCUUGUGGGGUUCGUUUAAUAGUACAGAUGGAAUAUACAAGAAAGUAGAAAUGCUUCGUAUCUACGAAAUGGCACUAAAGACGUGGUCUGAUUGGUUGGAAAUUCAUGUCAACCGUACCAAAAGUCAACUCUUUUUCAUGACCAUGUCCCCUACUCAUGAGAGGGCGGAAGAAUGGGGAAAAUCCGUAGGAGAAAACUGCUACAACGAAACGGAACAAAUAACGGAAGAAGGGUACAGAGGGAGAGGAACAGAUCCAAAAAUGAUGAGAAUAGUAGAAAACACAAUUGAAGAGCUGCAAAAGAGAGGGUUAAAUGUGGAAAUGAUAAAUAUAACACAACUCACAGAGUACAGAAAAGAAGGGCACCCUUCAAUUUACAGAAAACAAUGGGAGCCUUUAACUCAAGAACAAAUCUCUAAUCCAAUUGGAUACUCAGAUUGCAUACAUUGGUGUUUGCCUGGUGUUCCUGAUGUUUGGAAUGAACUCUUGUAUGCUCACAUUCUUAAUUUUGUACCAUAUUUCAACAUUGCAUAAU